AUGCCUCUCACCACGCCCCUCACACAGCAGCUCGGCCUUGUGCACCCGCUCAUCCAGGGCGGCAUGCAGUGGGUCGGCGUCGCCGAGCUCGUCGCCGCCGUCAGCAAUGCGGGCGCCCUCGGCAUCCUCACUGCCCUCACGCAGCCCAAUCCCGCCGCACUGCGCGACGAGAUUCGGCGCACGCGCAAGAUGCUGCGCCCCGACGUCGCCAAGCGCUGCAAGCUCGGGCCCUUUGGCGUCAACGUGACGCUGCUGCCGUCCAUCUCGCCGCCCGACUACCCCGGCUACGUGCAGGCGGCGCUCGACGAGGGCGUGCGCAUCUUCGAGACGGCCGGCAACAACCCCGGCCCCGUCAUCAAGCAGAUCAAGGAUGCCGGCGGCUUUGUGAUCCACAAGUGCACGAGCGUGCGCCACGCUCUCAGCGCGCAGAAGCUCGGCGUCGACAUGCUCUCCAUCGACGGCUUCGAGUGCGCCGGCCACCCCGGCGAGGACGACAUCGGCGGUCUCGUGCUGAUGGCCCGCGCAUACGAGGAGCUCAAGGUCCCCUUUGUCGCGUCCGGCGGCAUCGGUAACGGCCAGGGUCUUGCUGCGGCUCUGGCGCUCGGCGCAGUCGGCGCCAACAUGGGCACGCGCUUCAUGUGCACCAAGGAGUCGACGAUCCACGAGAACAUCAAGCGCGUCAUCGUCGACUCGGACGAGCGUGCGACAACGCACAUCCUGCGCUCGCUGCGCAACAGCGCCCGCAUGCACAAGAACAAGAUUAGCAUUGAGGUGCUCGAGCUCGAGAAGCAGGGCGCCAAGUUCGAGCAGAUCCAGCCGCUCGUGUCUGGCCAACGAGGCAAGACGGUCUACACGACUGGCGACCCCGACGCCGGCGUGUGGACGCUGGGCAUCGUGUGCGGCCUGAUCCACGACAUUCCGUCGUGCAAGGAUCUGUGCGAGAAGAUGAGCGCCGACGCAGAGGCACACAUCAACCGUCUAGCCUCGCUCACCGGUGGCGCCCAGUCGGCCUCUUCCUCGCGCCAGUCGCACCUCUGA